AUGGCGAUGAAGGCGCUCAGAGGGAUGGUGAACGGGGCCAUGAGUGAGCUCUCCUCGGCCGUCAGUGGGAACAAAGGUCCGGCCGCCGCUCCGGCCGCCGCCGCCGCCUCCCGGGAGCAUGUGAUGGCCGUGAAGCGGGAUUAUAUCUCCCAGCCCCGCCUGACCUAUAAAACCGUGUCUGGAGUCAACGGUCCGCUGGUGAUUCUGGAUCAGGUGAAGUUUCCCAGGUACGCCGAGAUCGUCCACCUGACGCUGCCCGAUGGAACCAAGAGGAGCGGCCAGGUGCUGGAGGUCACCGGCUCCAAAGCUGUGGUGCAGGUGUUUGAGGGGACUUCAGGUAUCGAUGCCAAGAAGACCAGCUGUGAGUUUACAGGAGACAUCUUGCGGACGCCCGUCUCCGAGGACAUGUUGGGUCGUGUGUUUAAUGGAUCGGGGAAACCCAUCGACAGAGGACCAGCAGUCCUGGCUGAAGACUUCUUGGACAUCAUGGGUCAGCCAAUAAACCCUCAGUGUCGCAUCUACCCCGAAGAGAUGAUCCAGACCGGCAUAUCUGCCAUCGACGGCAUGAACAGCAUCGCCAGAGGGCAGAAAAUACCCAUCUUCUCUGCUGCAGGGCUGCCACACAACGAGAUCGCCGCUCAGAUCUGUCGGCAGGCCGGUUUGGUGAAGAAGUCCAAAGACGUGAUGGACUACAGCGAGGACAACUUCGCCAUCGUGUUCGCAGCGAUGGGGGUGAACAUGGAGACAGCCAGGUUCUUCAAGUCCGACUUCGAGGAGAACGGUUCCAUGGACAACGUCUGUUUGUUCCUCAACCUCGCCAACGACCCCACCAUCGAGCGGAUCAUCACGCCUCGUUUAGCUCUGACAUCGGCCGAGUACCUGGCCUAUCAGUGCGAGAAGCACGUCCUCGUCAUCCUCACCGACAUGAGCUCCUACGCAGAGGCUCUCCGAGAGGUGUCUGCGGCCAGAGAGGAGGUGCCGGGCCGGCGGGGGUUCCCCGGCUACAUGUACACGGACCUGGCCACCAUCUACGAGAGAGCCGGCAGAGUGGAGGGACGCAACGGCUCCAUCACCCAGAUCCCCAUCCUCACCAUGCCCAACGACGACAUCACUCAUCCCAUCCCUGACCUGACGGGUUACAUCACGGAGGGACAAAUCUACGUGGACAGACAACUUCACAACAGACAGAUCUAUCCUCCCAUCAACGUGCUGCCGUCUCUCUCCCGUCUCAUGAAAUCCGCCAUCGGCGAGGGGAUGACCCGCAGAGACCACUCCGACGUUUCCAACCAGCUCUAUGCGUGCUAUGCCAUAGGGAAGGACGUCCAGGCCAUGAAGGCGGUGGUGGGGGAGGAGGCUCUGACAGCUGAUGACCUGCUCUAUCUGGAGUUCCUGAGCAAAUUUGAGAAAAACUUCAUCUCCCAAGGUGCCUACGAGAACAGGAGCGUGUUCGAGACUCUGGACGUCGGGUGGCAGCUCAUGAGGAUCUUCCCCAAAGAGAUGCUGAAGAGGAUCCCUCAGAGCACCCUGGCCGAGUUUUACCCCCGAGAGGCCAAACAUUAA